CCCUCCACCGUCGCACACCGCACGUCCUCAGUGAACUCGCCGUGAAGUCGUUAGCCACCGUGGCUUCAGUUCAAGGUGUUUAAUCAUAAUAUAAUACUUGUUCAGUUAGUUGCAUUAAGCACUGAGUGCAUAAUAGUAAGUAAGAUGUCAGUGCUGAUCGUGACAAGCUUAGGGGACAUUGUCGUUGAUUUACAUACCGACAAGUGCCCCCUCACCUGCAAGAACUUCCUCAAGCUCUGCAAGAUUAAGUACUAUAAUGGCUGUCUAUUUCACACUAUUCAGAAGGAUUUCACUGCUCAGACUGGCGAUCCCACAGGAACAGGCACUGGUGGCGAUUCCAUCUACAAGUUUCUUUAUGGUGAUCAAGCUCGAUUUUUUGGCGAUGAAAUUCGGGUUGAUCUGAAGCAUUCCAAGACUGGAACAGUUGCCAUGGCAAGUGCAGGAGAGAAUCUGAAUGCUUCACAGUUUUAUAUCACUCUGCGUGAUGACCUCGAUUACCUUGAUGGGAAACACACAGUUUUUGGUGAGGUAGCUGAAGGAUUUGAGGCUUUGACCAGAAUAAAUGAGGCUUAUGUGGAUGAAAAGAGCAGACCAUAUAAAAAUAUACGAAUCAAGCACACAUACAUCCUAGAGGAUCCUUAUGAUGAUCCUCCUCAGCUAGCUGAGUUCAUUCCUGAAGCUUCUCCAGAAGGAAAACCUAAAGAUGAGGUUGAUGAUGAGGUGCGACUUGAAGAUGAUUGGGUUCCCAUGGAUGAACAAUUAAAUCCAGCAGAGCUUGAGGAGGUUAUUAGAGAGAAGGAAGCACGUUCUAGGGCAGUCGUACUUGAGAGUAUUGGUGAUAUUCCUGAUGCUGAGAUUAAACCUCCGGAUAAUGUGCUAUUUGUUUGUAAAUUGAACCCAGUUACUGAGGAUGAGGACUUGCAUACGAUAUUUUCACGAUUUGGAACUGUAUCAUCGGCUGAAAUCAUCCGGGACCACAAGACUGGUGACAGUUUAUGCUAUGCUUUCAUUGAGUUUGAGGACAAAAUGUCAUGUGAACAGGCAUAUUUUAAGAUGGAUAAUGCUUUGAUCGAUGAUCGAAGAAUACACGUGGAUUUUAGUCAAAGUGUGGCAAAAUUGUGGUCGCAAUAUAGGCGGAAUCAGAAGGGCAAAGGUGGAGGUUGCUUCAAAUGUGGUUCUGCAGAUCAUAUUGCCAAGGAUUGCACUGCCGAUGAUUCAAUGAAACAACCUGCAAAAUUCGUCUUGAAGGAUAAUAAUACCCAACACGGUGGAGAUAACACCAGAUAUGAGAUGGUUUUUGAUGGAGAUAACUCACAAAAUCCAAAGAGAGAUGAUAGAAAAAGCCAACGGCGUGACAGAGAUGACAUAGUUGAGAACAGUAUGAAGGACAAUUUUAAAGAUCAUAUUCGUAGAGGGCGUAAGGAUGAGAUGGUAGGCUCCAACAACAGAAAUAGGUACAGUGAUAGACACAGGGAACGUGGGGGAGAUGGAGAUGAUAAAGCACGAGCUGAAAAAGAAUCAAGAGAUUCAGAUUAUCAUUCAGACAGGAAAGACAGAGAAAAGCGUAAGGAAAUAAAUAGAGACGAUGACUACAGGCGGAAAGAUGAGGUAGACCCAAGAAAAAGACACUUGGAUGAUAGAUACACAGAAAGACGUGCUAGUGGAGAUCACAGGAGAGAAUCGGAUGUUAACCGUCUGGAGAAAAGGGAUGACAGAGAUUAUAGGAAGAGACCUGAAGACAGCAGAAGGCAUGACAGGAAGAUCGAUAGCAGACCAAGAAAAAGAAGUCCUGAUGAAGAUUACAAACAUAAAAGGGAGGAUGAAGAUUACAAACGCAGAAGGGAGGAUGAGGAUUAUAGACAUGGAAGGGAAGAACGCGGACAUAGAAGACUAGAUACUGAGCCUCGUGACUAUUCCGAUAGGAAGCAUCAUGGUGACAGGAGAUGAUCAUUUUUGUAUCAUUAUUGUUGUCAAUGUUGCAGAACAUUUGUCAAUGCAACUAGGACCAUGAGGUAACGGAUGUACAUUUUAUUUUUCUGGUAGUAAUUGUUGACAUAUCCACUUUCCGUGAAGUAAAAAAUGCACACGAACCAUUCUGCUUCUAAUUUUAACAUUUUUUUGUCA